AUGAGUUGUGGCCUUAUUUUACCUAUAACUAUUUCUACAGCUAUGUAUAGUCCAAGAGCAAAUAUAUAUUGUUUGCUUGGACUCUAUGAUAAAGCGUUGAAAGAUUUAAAUUAUGCACUUAAAUUGGAUACAACAAAUUCUAUUUCAAUAUUAGCAAUUCGUGAUGACAUUUAUCGGAUUAUAGGACGUUAUGAUUUAACGUUCGCUGAUUUAGAAUCUGCAUUACGAUGUGAAGAAAAUAUAAUGGCAUUAGAACGAAGAGGAAUG